AUGCCAGAGCAGUUAUCCACCGUAGUGAUUGAACCUACCGCAACCCAUACAGCCACUGUGAUAUGGUUGCAUGGAUUAGGAGAUUCAGGUGUAGGAUGGCUAUUCUUAACAGAGGAAUUGGGCUCCAGAUUUCCUUACAUUAAAUGGAUAUUACCAAAUGCGCCACUAAAGUCAAUUACAUCCUUUGGAGAAGGUGCCUUGGUGAAUGCAUGGUUCAAUAUCAAUAGUUUUGAAAAGAAGGCGCAUCUAGAAAAGAUUGAUGAGGAGGGCAUGCUUGAGUCUGUGGGACUAGUGGAUCAAUUGAUUCAAAAUGAACGAAAUCAGGGUGUGCCAAGUCAGCGCAUCUUGCUGGGCGGUUUCAGUCAAGGAUGUGUCAUUUCCCUGUUGACCGCAGUGUCUACACCUCAUCAGUUGGCUGGCGUGGUGGCAUGCAGUGGAUGGCUUGCCCUGGGCGAAAAAUUGGACAGUUUUGGCUCUGACAUGAACAAGCAAAUCCCUAUUCUGAUGUGCCAUGGAGAGGAAGAUGCAGUUGUUGCAUUUCGAUUUGGCAGAGCCACUGCUAAAUACUUGACUAAAAAAGGGUACUCGAUCCAAUUCAACGGCUAUCCAGACCUUGCGCAUGCUGCUGACCCUAAAGAAAUCGCUGAUAUUAGUGAGUUUAUUGCGAAAUGUUUGCCUGUGAUUAGUAAACUCUAA